AUGCCUAGAUAUGCAAAAUUUCUGAAGGAAGUGAUCUCCAAGAAGCGGAGAUGGGUGGAGCUCGAGACCGUCAAUCUGACGGAGAGCUGCAGUGCUAUUAUCCAGAAGAAGCUGCCUGCUAAGAUGAAAGACCCUGGAAGCUUCACUAUAUCAUGCAUAGUGGGGGAUAGCCAAGUGGGCAAGGCUCUAUGUGAUUGGGGAGCGAGCAUUAAUCUUAUGCCGUUCUCAUUCUUUCAGAAGUUGAAGAUUGGGACACUGAGGCCCACUACCAUCACACUCCAGAUGGCCGACCGAUCUGUGUCGUAUCCUAGGGGGAUUGUUGAAGAUAUACUCGUCAAAGUCAAUGACUUCAUAUUUCCCGUGGAUUUUGUGGUGCUUGAUAUGGAGGAAGACCGAAAUGUUCCUCUUAUCCUGGGAAGAACUUUCCUCGCUACAGGGAAGGCAAUGAUUGAUGUGCAGAAGGGAGAGCUCACACUCCGACUUAAUGAUGAAAGCGUCACAUUCUCUAUCUACAAUGCGAUGCAAAGACAUGAUGACGAGGAUGCAAGGAGAGCGGAGCACUGCAACAUGGUUGAAGUGGUCGAUGACUGUGUGAGAGGGAUGGCCCGAGCCAUCUCUCCACAAGACCAAUUGGAACGAUGCCUAUCGCAAUCUAUCUUUUCUCCUUAUUAUACUAAAGUUAUUGAACCCAAUGAUGAUUUAUUGAAUUUUGUAGGAGCUCAUAACUCGUCUGAGGAAGUCCCAAGGCUUCGACAGAAAUUCCAGCCAUUAAGGGAUCCGAAUGAGGAGAAGAAAGAGGAGAAGGAAGAGGAACUUAAGCCGUUGCCUUCACACCUUAAGUAUGCAUUUCUCGGGGAGAAUUCUACUUAUCCGGUAAUUGUAUCAUCCUCACUCACUACUAAUGAACUUGAUAAAUUGCUGAGAGUGCUUAGGAAGCAUAGGGGUGCAAUUGGGUGGUCUAUCUCGGACCUUAAGGGGAUAAGUCCUACGGUUUGUAUGCAUAGAAUUAUCCUAGAAUAG